ACGAUGCGCGGUGGACAGUCGUCGGUUCGCGUCGUCGAAGUGUGUGCGACGAGCAAGGGUGGCUUCACCGAGCGUCGAGGGCGGUGGUUAUCAACCUGUGCUGUGGUUCAGCCGUCGUUGUUGGACGAGAUGGCUGAAGCGAGAUGGUCC